AUGAAUAAACUUGAGUCUGCUUGGGUUGAGGAUGUUAAGAAGCCAAGAAAGAGGACAGUUCAAGAUGUCAUGGCAAAGUUUUCUAUUGAUGAUGAUGUUGUUGCAAUUGGAGAUGUAUUCUUUGCUGAUGUUGAGAAAGAGUGGGUGAUGCAGCCAGGUGGUCCUAUUGCACACAAAUGUAAGACUCUGAUUGAACCAAGUCGUCUUAUCAUGCUCACUGCCCAGCGAUUCAUCCAAACAUUCAUGGGAGGGAACUUUAUAGCACUUCAUUUUCGGCGUCAUGGGUUCUUGAAGUUUUGCAAUGCCAAAAGCCCAAGUUGCUUUUAUCCCAUUCCUCAAGCUGCUGAUUGCAUUAAUCGAGCAGUUGAAAGAGCCAAUACUCCAGUAAUUUAUCUUUCUACAGACGCUGCAGAAAGUGAAACUGAUUUAUUGCAGUCCCUUGUUGUGCUAAAUGAGAAGAUUGUACCACUUGUGAAGAGGCCAGCUCGAAAUUCAGCUGAAAAAUGGAAUGCUCUAUUAUAUAGACACAGCCUUGAUGGAGAUCCUCAGUUCGUCAUCUUCUCCGUAUGCAGUGCAGCGCCUGCAGACGCAGAGGCCCUCUUCGACUUCGAAUCUUCACUAGACGCUCACAGAGGUAGAAGCAAUCUCCUCCGAAGCUCAGCAGCUGUCCGUCUCCCUCCGCCUUCUAUGAUUAACUUCUUGUCCAUAGAUUUUUACCCUAAUUUCAACAAGAUGCCACUCUCAACUCACUGUGUAUUCAUUUUCAUUUUGAAGGUGGAAGCUAUGCUGGAUAAGACCAUCUGUGCCUUGUCUAACGUGUUCAUUGGAUCAUCCGGAUCAACUUUCACAGAAGACAUUUUGCGGCUUCGGAAGGACUGGGGAUCAGCAUCACUAUGUGAUGAGUACCUCUGUCGGGGUGAAGUGCCGAAUUUUAUUGCAGAUGACGAAUGAGGGAUAUAGAUUUGCCCACUUCUGGCCCUUGUCCUGGUUCACCUUUGCUCCAAUAUUUUUUCAUUGCUGAAGAUGGCUAAUUUGGCCUGUAUUCUUGUGUGUGUUUAUAGUGAGUUGGAUGAGUAAUGCUACAAUAUGUGAAAUAGAGUGAAAAUUGGAAUUGUUCCACGAUAAUCAAUUACAAUGUCCUUAAAAUGGAGAAAAUGAGAGAAAUAUUCAUGCAAGGGAGGUUUGGAAAAAGAAAUUGCAGUCUCCUGAUAUGUACAACUAUUAGGCCAGAGCUUUUGACCCAUCCC